AUGCUGGUGUUAUGUCUGUUAUACACCCUGUCCAAUGCUGCUGUGUCUGUUAUACACCCUGUCCAAUGCUGCUGCUAUGUCUGUUAUACGUCCUGUCCAAUGCUGCUGUGUCUGUUAUACACCCUGUCCAAUGCUGCUGCUAUGUUUGUUAUACGUCCUGUCCAAUGCUGCUGUUGUCUGUUAUACACCCUGUCCAAUGCUGCUGUGUUUGUUAUACACCCUGUCCAAUGCUGCUAUUGUGUCUGUUAUACACCCUGUUCAAUGUUGGUGUUGUGUCUGUUAUACACCCUGUCCAAUGCUGCUGCUAUGUCUGUUAUACGUCCUAUCCAAUGCUGCUGUUGUGUCUUUAUACACCCUGUCCAAUGCUGCUGCUGUGUCUGUUAUACACCCUGUCCAAUGCUGCCGUUGUGUCUGUUAUACGUCCUGUCCAAUGCUGCUGCUGUGUCUGUUAUACACCCUGUCCAAUGCUGCUGUUGUGUCUGUUAUACACCCUGUCCAAUGCUGCUGUUGUGUCUGUUAUACGUCCUGUCCAAUGCUGCUGUGUCUGUUAUACGUCCUGUCCAAUGCUGCUGUUGUGUUUGCUAUACACCCUGUCCAAUGCUGCUGUUGUGUCUCUUAUACGUCCUGUCCAAUGCUGCUGUGUCUCUUAUACGUCCUGUCCAAUGCUGCUGUGUCUGUUAUACGUCCUGUCCAAUGCUGCUGCUGUGUCUGUUGUAA